AUGCACACAUAUCACCACCUCCCACCAGCGUCCGAGCCCGAUCACAUCCAAAUGCAAGAUACCGCUGCGGCCGCCGACGACGCGGAUGAUGCCGCCGAGUAUGAGACCAAAGAUGACGCGGAAACGUGUUUGCUGGAACUGCCCCGGCCUGUGACUGCCUCCGCGCGGCGGGAUUCGGUGGCGGAGGAGAAGAGGAAAGCUGUCGCGGCGGCGGCGGCGGCGGCCGACAUCGGAUCUGGGAAGAGUGGCGAUGGGAAGGGGAGUGUGGCCGCCAAGGCGUGGAAUCUGACGAUUUGGACUGCGGUUGUGAUUGUGCUUUUGGCGAUGGUUUUUGAAGCGUUGCGGACGGAGUCUGACCCAGACACAUGCGAUACCCAACUAGCCGACGCCAACUGGGUCACCAUCCCCUCCGCCUCCCGCACCUGGCACACCGAAACCUGUUUCCUCCAAUCCUACACCGCCAAACCCGCCCAACAAUGCCUCCACUCCAGCCGCAUCACCAUCAUUGGCGACUCCACCGCGCGCCAAAUCUACCAUUCCCUCAGCGCACUGCUCAAAUCCCGCUCCCCACUCGAAAUCGCACAAAAGGGCGAUCGCCAUUCGGAUCUGACCGAGGCGGCCCCGGGGAGUAUUGAUCUGGCGUUCCAUUGGGACCCGUUUUUGAAUGUCACGGAUUGGCGCGUGCCUGGGUUGGACGCGCGGGUGGGGAAGAUUGAGAGGGGAGGGAAGGACUCACGGAACUCGUUGAUGCUUGUGAGCGCUGGACCGUGGUUCAUGAAGUACGGAGGCACGACCGGGUUUCAGGAUUUCUCAAGAGCGGUGGAGACCAUGCUUGCGGGAGUGGGCGGAUGGGUGGAAGGGAUCCCUGAUACGAUGGUGGUGCGGCCCGUCAACCCCGUGCAUCCCGAUAAACUGGACGACGCUCGACGGUCAACCAUGACGCCCGCGAAGGUGCACCAAUAUAACAAGUACCUCAUGACAAAACUCGGCGACCCGGCCACCCGGCACGAACUUCAUGUCCCGACGUACGUUGAGGCGCUAUAUGCGUCUGUCCCGGAAGACCACACCGCCGAUGGAUUUCACUACGAUUGGCCGACCGUGGCCAACGAGGUGCAGUUGUACCUCAACAGAAUGUGCAAUGCCCGUUUGUACGCAGCGAAUCCGGCGGGCAAAACGACUUGCUGUGUAAAGUACGCGCCCAUCAGGACUCAACAGUGGAUAUCCCUCGCUGCAUUGUUCCUCAUCGCAGCACUCGGGUGGGCCUUCACCACCUGCGACUCACCCGCCAGCAAAUCCCUCGCAAAAUUCCGCGCCGCCCACCUCUCCUCCCCCCGCACCAGCACCGACCUCCUCCUGCUCACGUCCGUCCUCCUCUACAUGCUUGUAACCGACCGCACCUCCCUCCUUUCGAAAGUCAACAAAAUCUACUCCACCCCCGUCUUCACGCUACUCACGCUCCUCUGGCUCCUCCCGGGUCUCAUAACCGCGACAACGGAAAAAGACACAUCCUUCAUGAACCGCUACCAGACGGACGAGUGGAAAGGGUGGAUGCAGCUGGCGAUCCUGAUAUACCACUACACCGGCGCGAGCCAGAUCACACCCGUGUACGCCUUCAUCCGGUUACUGGUCGCGAGUUACCUGUUCAUGACGGGGUACGGGCAUUUCUUCUUUUUCUACAAGAAGAAGGUGUACACGUUCACGAGGGCGGCCACGACGUUACUAAGAUUAAACGUGUUGUCGGUCGCGAUGGCGUAUGUGAUGGACAAGGACGUGCUGUUUUACUAUUUUGGACCCAUGGUCUCGUUCUGGUUUCUGGUGCUGUGGGUGACCAUGUGGGCCGGCCACACGCACAACGACAACACGCGGUUCAUCGUCGGCAAGAUCGUCUUUGCGGCCGCGGUCAGCAGCGUCGUCGUCCACACCGAAUGGGUGCUCGCGACCCUCUUCAAAGCGUUGGAGAUGGUGUUUGCGGUCAAAUGGAACGCGACGGAGAGUCUCUUCCGCCUCCGGCUGGACCAUCUCAUCGUGUUCAGCGGCAUGCUCACGGCGCUGGUCGUCGCCAACACGUCCGGAAAGACCGUGGAGCGGUUCCGCCCGUACGCGAUCGCGAUGGCGGGCCUGGUUCUGCUCGCGUAUACAUUCAUCGCGUUCACAUCGCCGUCGAAAUUCGAGUACAACGCCCUGCACCCGUACAUCUCGCCACUGGCCGUCAUCGCAUUCACCGUGCUGCGCAACAGCACCGCGGGCCUGCGCGGCACCACGUCGCGGCUGUUCAGGCAUGUGGCGAAAUCGUCGCUGGAGCUGUUUCUGGUGCAGUACCAUGUGUGGCUGGCUGUGGAUACCCGCGGGGUCGUUGUGCUGCCGUUUGGGCGGGUGCCGCUGUUUGGCGACUUUGGAGGCGGCGGCAGCUCGAUGUCGGUGUUGACGCUCACGUUAUCGUCGGCGCUGUCGUUUAUCGUGUUUGGGAUUGUGUUUUUCGCUAUUGCGGAACGGUUAUCGGAUGUGAGCGCACGGUUGGUGGAUGCGAUCGGCGGGCCGAAAGCGGGGAAAUUACGGACGGUGGGGGUGCUGGUUGCUUUGGCGGCGUGGAACUGGUUGUGGUGA